UUCGCCGACAUCGCAAAACAACAACAACGUGAUUGAAGAACGAAAUCGACACAUAACCUGUUAAAAUGUGGAACAACCAAGGCGGAGGCUACCAGCAAGGUGGUGAAGGUGGAGGUUACAUGUCCCCAGGUGGAUUUGGUACUCCACAGGCUUCUCAAGAAAAAAAGAUUAAGGAUCGUGCACAUAACCUGCUCCCAGUUACUGUGGGUGAAAUAUUGAGUGCAACCCAAAGUGAAGAAAAAUUCUACACAGGUGAUAUUGAAGUGUCGCAGGUUACGAUUGUUGGAAUCGUAAGAUCAGUUAAGGAAGCUCCGACACGUAUUGACUAUGAGAUUGAUGAUAUGACCGGGCCUCCAUUUGAAGUGAAGCAGUUUGUAGAUAAUGAUGAUAGCACACCAGACUCUGAGAGAGUUUCAGCAAUGCAGGAAAAUACCUAUGUUCGAGUGAACGGACACGUACGAUCCUUUGGUGGGAAGAGAAGUGUGGUGGCUUUCCGGAUGAUGCCCCUCACAGACAUGAACGAAUUAACAUGUCAUAUGCUCGAAGUCAUCCAUAGUCAUGCAGCAUUAUCACAGCAAUCUUCCAACCAUAUGAAAUCAAAUGGUUUAAACAAUAACACGAUGGGAAGUGGAGAUGUGUCAGGAUUUGGGGCUGUUAAUGGAUUAACUGCCACCCAAAACCAGGUACAUGUUAUCAUCAGAAAUAACAUGACAGAUCAAGGAGCCAAUGUAGAGCAGGUCUGCAAACAACUGAGAGGUGUGCCGGAGAAGGCCAUCAGAGAGGCAAUAGACUUCCUUAGCAGCGAGGGACACAUAUACUCCACGAUAGACGAAGACCAUUACAAGGCGACAGACAGUUGAGAAUUUAAACAGUUGUAAAUAACGGAGUAUACAACUGAGUGUGUGAGAGACUGAAAGUGGAGAUACAAAAUCAAUCCAGCUAGGAUUAAAACAAAAUACUAUGAAAUUAAUCUGGGAACUCCACUUUUUGUACAAACUUCAAAAGUUGUAAUUUUGCUAUAUUUAGGCAGAUGCUUUCUGUUAAAUGAGAGGCGAAUUUGUUUCUGUUUUAACACUGACCAAGAAGUUUCUGUUGGUAGAGUGCCAGGAGUGCCCUCAUGGUCGUUAAAAUUGUUUACUGUCAAAUCUUCUCACAAUUAUUUAUUUUGAUAGUGAUCAUGUGACUAGAUGAUAGAAGAUUGCUACUAGCAUCAUCAUAUUUAAGGAUGUUGUCCACCAAAUGUCUUCAUAUGAACUAUAUAUGGUAUACCACUGUAGGUACAGAGAAAUUGAAUUUACCUCUUUGAUACAGCAACUAUGGAAAGCGGCCAAAAAGAAACUAGCAAAGGAGCAAAAGACUUCUUUGUGAUAAACAAUUGCUGUAGAGUAGCAUUUUUGAGAAUGUAUGAUAGCUUUAGUAAAUUUAAGUUGCAUUGUUUUUGUCUGUAUUUAGCAGUUUAUUACAGUUAAACAGAUCGUAGAAGCUAAUUGGUAGUAACAUUUUUUCACCGAAGUGGCUUUUAUUGAACGACAGUGUCCUAGAGAGAAGUAAAAGGUAAAAGGGUUGUUAACUAGUUAAAAUAUGGUUAAAGUUUCAAAUUUAUUGUUUUUUACUUCACAUCGAUCAAUAUUCCUUUUCUUUUGUUAUGUGUAAAAGUUACGGGGUGCCAUCCUGUUCUUGGCCAGUACACCUGACGUGUUUCUACAUCUAUAUGGUAUAUCGGAGACAAUGCAGCAUCUAGUUAGCAUUGGUGCAAAUAUCACAGUCAUCUUUUGCACUUAUCUGUGACCUGUAUAGUACUUCAUCGCAUAGAAACCAAGAACCACUCCAUAUUAUCUGUAGCACUGAAAUACCUUCAUGUGGUUUACAAUCCCGUCUUCAUAUUUUUAAGAUGACAAGAUAAAGCCCUUUUGUUAUCAUAUAUAGUGAAGUUGUAAUAAAUGUCUUAAAAUUGUUAGAA